AAUUUUUCACAUUGCUGGAACAUUCCAGAAGCGUGGGUCUCUCAGUCAGUGCAAUGGCGCAGCAAAAAAAUUUGCAAGUGCAAUUUAAUAAUGAAAAGUGUUAUAUAAACGUGAAAUUCAGUGAAAUCCUAAGCUACGAGGACUUGGAAAAUAGUGUGCGCAAUCAACUGUCCUUAAACGGUGGGGUGCUAAAAAUUUUAGACUCAGAGGGAGUUAGAAUCUUGCCAGCAGCAUUCUCAGAAGUCGAAACUUCGUAUUAUAUUAUACGACACGAAGAAGAUGUGUCUGAUGCCAUUGGAGACGUUCCAGUAAGAAAUGGGUAUCCGGAGGCCACUGGGAAUAUUGUGGAGAAUCCAAAUAUGAUGCCAACCCUUAUUGCGAAGGAGCUUCGCAAGUUUUUUAGAGUUCAAAGAACUGUUUUAAUCAACGGUGCCGAGCUGUUGACAAAAAACAAGCUCACUGAGCGUGAAAGGAAGAUGGCAAUUCGAAUAAUUGCUAACCAUCUUCUGCUUUAUCGGCCUCAGCCCAAAAAAGAUGAUAAAAUAGCUUACGCAAAGGCCACCGUGGAGCUCUUUCCGUCCUUAAAAAUAGAUUCUCCGAGGGGAUAUGAUGCAGUUUAUAAUCCAGAUAAACGUUCUGGAUUUUUGGGGAACUGCAUCAGAAUGCUAUCAAGGAAGCGAGAAGAAACAACAUUGAUUAUUGCAUUGACUUGGAAGAAGUCAAGGAUGAAUUGA